AUGGACCGAAAAUUCAUGGCUGUCGACGGAGGAGAUACCUUCACAAUGGGUAUUGAGGCUGAUAGUGGAAAGGUUUUUGGAUGGGGACGAGCAUUCUACGGCGAGCUGCUUGAUGGGUUUGCGGAAAAGGAUCAACCAUUGGUGAAAAUAAAGAUAAAAGAGCCAUGCAAUAAAGUUGUUUGCGGCUGUAAUCACGUGCUGGCGCUGGCUUGUUCGGGGUGCGUAUAUGCGUGGGGCUGGAAUAGAUCUGGUCAGGUUACAGCAGCUAAAUCGGAUGAAGUGGUGCAUACUCCAACAAAAGUUCAGUUUUUUCUUCAUGCCGUAUAUAUUGUCGAGGUGGCUGCAGGAGGGAUGCACUCACUCGCACUUGACUCAGAUGGUCGUGUUUGGGCAUGGGGAUGUAACGCGUACGGCCAGUUGGGUAUUGGCGUAAGGGAGAAGCAGCUGACUACUCCAGCGCUUGUUGAAAUGCCGGCAAAUGUACAAGCCCAAUCCAUCGCAGCAGGGUGGGCUCAUAAUGCGAUAAUCUCGACGUCAGGGGAGGUGUUUACCUUUGGCUGGGGUCUGUACAAUCAGCUCGGUCACGGCUCCACGCACAAUGAGCUUCAGCCGCUUGCUGUCGAAGCCCUUAGGGGUCUCGACAGCGACAUUGCCCAAGUAGCUUGUGGCACCUGGCACACAGCGGCACUGACAGCGUCUGGAGAUCUGUACACUUGGGGAUGGAAAAGAGACGGUCAGCUGGGCCCAAGAGAUCCUCUCACACCGCAAGUUCUUCCUAGCGUUGUGAACAUAUUGUCUGGCUCAUCGACGAAUAACAACGAUGAUGACAUAACAGCCAUAGCCUGUGGUAAUCGAUGUACCGUUGCGCUGUGCAAAAACGGACUUGUUCACUAUUGGGGUCCAAGGUCAGCGAUCCCCGCAUGUCAGGAUUCACGGACUUUACUACUUCAGGGGUGGCCACAUUCAAUUACUAGUCGAACGAUUAGGCUAGCGGCUAGCUCCUCGAACGUUAUUCUGCUUUUAGAGCAUCAAGAUCAAGAUCCAGAAGACUGA